CGGCCCCGCGCGACAAAUGUGUGGGGGGCGGCCCCGGGGUGUGGACGCGGGGGCUGUGCAGCAGAAGCGGCCUUACGCGCGGGGCGGCAGUUGCGAGGUGGGGUUCGGGGUAACGGGUGGGCGUGCGGGGCUCGAUUGUUUAGGCCUGGCCAUGGCGCCUCUCCUCCCCCCCGCCAUGGCUCCCCGUGUCCCUGCUCCUCUCCUCUCAGUGAGCGAAAGUGGCCGCCGCCGCCGUCCCAGCGCCCGCAGCCGCCGCCUCCUCCUCCUCAGCAGCAGCGCGGCCGCCAUCUUGGCGAGGCAGGAGCUGAGAGGGCCCCGCGGCAGGAGACAGGCUGAGCCAGCCCAGGCAGCGCAGGGCGAGAGGCCGGGUGGAGAGAGCGGGGGAGCCAGCCCAGGAGACACCCCCAGCCCCCCGCCGCUCCCGCGCCGCAGCCGGGCCCGCCACCCAGCUGUGUGUUUGGAAGCAUCUGUGCAUGAGGAGAGAUUUGUUCUAUGGCCUCGGAGCUGGGUGCCAGGGAGGAUGGCAGCUCCACAGAGCUGGCGAAGCCCCUCUAUCUGCAAUGUCUGGAGAGAGCUCUGCGAUUGGAUCAGUUUCUACGACAGACAUCCACCAUCUUCAACAGGAGUAUAUCCAGUGAUGAAAGCGAGGAUGGAUUGGAUGACAAUCCUUUGCUGCCACAGUCUGGGGAUUCCUUGAUGCAAAUUAAGGAAGAGCCCCCAAAUUCAUUGCUUGGGGAAUCCUCUGGAACAGGAAAUUCUGGGAUGUUAAAUGCACAUUCCCUCAAUGGAAUACUGCAGCCAGAGCCAAAGUCAGAAAAAGGGAGUUUGUAUAACUUUUCCAAACUGAAGAAAAGCAGAAAGUGGCUGAAGAGCGUCCUCCUGAGUGAUGACUCCAGUGACACGGAUUCACCAAGUGAUGAGGAUGGAGAGGAGGAGGAGGAGUUUUCUCUUAGCAGGGAGGAGCUUCAUAAUAUGCUGCGAUUGCACAAGUAUAAGAAACUGCAUCAAAGUAAAUACAGCAAGGACAAAGAGUUGCAGCAAUAUCAGUACUACAGUGCAGGGCUACUCUCCACACAUGAUCCCUACUAUGAGCAACAGCGCCAUCUCCUAGGGCCCAAGAAAAAGAAGUUCAAAGAUGAAAAAAAAUUAAAAGCCAAGUUGAAAAAGGUGAAAAAAAAGAGGAGACGGGAUGAAGAACUCUCCUCAGAAGAGUCACCAAGACGCCACCAUCACCAGACCAAAGUUUUUGCUAAGUUUUCUCAUGAUGCACCACCACCAGGGUCCAAGAAGAAGCACUUGACCAUCGAACAACUGAAUGCCCGCCGACGGAAAGUGUGGCUUAGCAUUGUCAAAAAGGAGCUACCAAAGGCAUACAAGCAAAAAGCUUCAGCACGCAAUCUUUUCCUAACCAACAGCAAAAAGCUGGCCCAUCAGUGCAUGAGGGAAGUGCGUCGAGCUGCUAUCCAGGCCCAGAAGAACUGCAAGGAGACUCUACCACGGGCACGUCGCCUCACCAAGGAAAUGCUUCUCUACUGGAAGAAGUACGAGAAGGUGGAAAAAGAACACCGCAAACGAGCUGAGAAGGAGGCUUUGGAGCAGCGCAAACUGGAUGAGGAGAUGAGAGAGGCUAAGAGACAGCAGCGAAAACUUAAUUUCCUGAUCACCCAGACCGAGUUAUAUGCCCAUUUCAUGAGUCGCAAACGAGAUAUUGGACAUGAUGGAAUACAGGAAGAAAUCCUGCGCAAACUGGAAGACAGCUCUACCCAAAGGCAGAUUGAUAUUGGUGGAGGGGUGGUGGUCAACAUUACCCAGGAGGAUUAUGAUAGUAACUACUACAAGGCCCAGGCUCUGAAGAACGCAGAAGAUGCUUACCAGAUCCACCAGGCUCGGACCAGGUCAUUUGAUGAAGAUGCAAAGGAGAGUCGGGCAGCUGCUCUACGGGCUGCUAACAAGUCUGGCACUGGCUUCGGAGAGAGCUACAGCCUAGCAAACCCAUCUAUCCGGGCUGGAGAGGACAUUCCACAGCCUACCAUUUUCAAUGGUAAACUGAAGGGGUACCAGCUGAAAGGCAUGAAUUGGCUGGCCAACCUGUAUGAGCAGGGUAUCAAUGGAAUUCUUGCAGAUGAAAUGGGUCUGGGUAAAACAGUCCAGAGUAUCGCUCUGCUAGCACACCUGGCUGAGAGAGAGAACAUCUGGGGACCUUUUUUAAUUAUUUCACCUGCCUCUACACUCAACAACUGGCAUCAGGAGUUUGCCAGAUUCGUUCCUAGAUUUAAGGUGCUACCAUAUUGGGGAAAUCCCCAUGACAGAAAAGUGAUCAGGAAGUUCUGGAGUCAGAAGACGUUGUACACUCAGGAUGCACCUUUCCAUGUGGUGAUCACUAGUUAUCAGCUGGUGGUCCAGGAUGUGAAGUAUUUCCAGCGAGUGAAGUGGCAGUAUAUGGUGCUGGAUGAGGCACAGGCACUCAAGAGUAGCUCCAGUGUCCGCUGGAAAAUCCUACUACAAUUCCAAUGCCGAAAUCGACUUUUGUUGACUGGGACCCCCAUCCAGAACACCAUGGCUGAGCUGUGGGCUCUGCUGCACUUUAUCAUGCCAACGCUGUUUGAUUCCCAUGAGGAGUUCAACGAAUGGUUUUCUAAGGACAUAGAGAGCCAUGCAGAGAACAAAUCUGCCAUCGAUGAGAACCAGCUCUCCCGCUUGCACAUGAUCCUGAAGCCUUUCAUGUUGAGAAGAAUCAAGAAGGAUGUGGAAAAUGAGCUGUCAGACAAGAUUGAGAUUCUCAUGUACUGCCAGCAGACCACCAGGCAGAAACUGCUGUACCAAGCUCUAAAGAACAAAAUCUCUAUUGAUGACCUGCUGCAGUCCUCCAUGGGCACUACCCAGCAAGCACAGAACACCACUAGUAGCCUCAUGAAUCUAGUCAUGCAGUUCAGGAAGGUGUGUAAUCACCCAGAGCUGUUUGAACGACAAGAAACUUGGUCUCCAUUUCACAUCUCCCUAAAGCCAUACCAGAUUUCAAAGUUCAUCUACCGUCAUGGACAGAUCAGGGUCUUUAACCACUCGCGGGACAGGUGGUUACGGGUUUUACUUUCGCCAUUCGCUCCGGACCACAUCCAGCAGUCUCUUUUCCAUAGGAAGGGUGCCAAGGAAGAAAGUUGUUUUUCUUUCCUCCGAUUUAUUGAUGUGUCUCCAGCAGAAAUGGCAAACCUCAUGAAUCAGGGACAUUUAGCCAGAUGGUUAGCUCUUUUCCUGUCUCUGAAAGCCUCCUACAGGCUCCAUCACUUGCGCUCCUGGACAGAUCCAGAAGGGGAGCACCCACAGAGGACUCAAUGUCUGGGGAAUAAAGAUUUCUUGCUGGGAGUCAAUUUUCCAUUCUCUCUUCCCAACCUGCACAGCUGCACUUUUCUGCAGAACCUUGUGUUCAGUAGCCACUGUAAAACAGUUACUGGCUAUUCAGACCAUGUCAUACAUCGAAGGAGAUCAGCUACCUCAUCGGUCCGGUGCUGCCAGGUCACUGAACUGCCAUCCUUCCUGUGCAUAGCCAGCCCACGGGUAAUAGCAGUGCCUCUGGAUUUCUACUGCAAUGAUAAAAGUGCAGAGUAUGAACAUAGGGCAUUUAAGGAAGGAGGAAGUCUUGAAGCAAAGCAGUGUAUAUUGAAUGGGGCACCCGAACUAGCAGCUGAUUGCCUGAAACGAUGUUCCCAGUUCUUCCCAGAGUAUCCGGGAGGGUUGUUGGGGGUCAGGCCUCAGAAUGGCUGGUCUUUCAUCAGAAUACCAGACAAAGAGAGCCUGAUCACAGACAGUGGGAAGCUUUAUGCUCUUGACCUUCUGUUGACACGGCUGAAAUCUCAAGGACACAGAGUUCUUAUUUACUCUCAGAUGACACGGAUGAUUGACUUGCUGGAGGAGUACAUGGUUUACAGGAAACAUACCUACAUGAGAUUGGAUGGUUCUUCAAAGAUCUCCGAGAGAAGGGACAUGGUAGCUGACUUUCAGAACAGGAAUGAUAUCUUUGUGUUCCUGUUAAGCACAAGAGCUGGAGGAUUGGGUAUUAACCUCACAGCUGCAGAUACGGUAAUUUUCUACGACAGUGACUGGAAUCCAACAGUGGACCAGCAGGCCAUGGACCGGGCACACAGACUGGGUCAGACGAAACAGGUCACUGUUUACCGGUUGAUUUGUAAAGGCACCAUUGAGGAGCGCAUCUUGCAGAGGGCAAAAGAGAAGAGUGAGAUCCAGCGGAUGGUGAUUUCAGGUGGCAAUUUCAAACCAGACACCUUGAAACCCAAAGAAGUGGUCAGCCUUCUGCUGGAUGAUGAGGAACUUGAGAAGAAAUUGCGUCAGCGUCAGGAGGAGAAACGGCAGCAGGAGGAGACAAAUCGUGUGAAAGAGCGUAAACGAAAGAGGGAGAAGUAUGCUGAAAAGAAGAAAAAGGAAGAUGAGUUGGAUGGCAAGAGAAGGAAAGAAGGCAUGAACCUGGUGAUCCCAUUUGUUCCCUCUGCUGAUAACUCCAACCUUUCUGCUGAUGGGGAUGACUCGUUCAUUAGCGUAGACUCUGCCAUGCCCAGCCCCUUCAGUGAGAUCUCCAUCAGCAGUGAGUUGCAUAUGGGGUCUAUCCCUCCUGAUGAAAGUAGCAGUGAUAUGCUGGUGAUUGUGGAUGAUCCAGCCUCUUCAGCACCACAGUCGAGGGCCACAAACUCUCCUGCUUCCAUCACUGGCUCAGUCUCAGAUACCAUGAAUGGAAUUUCAAUCCAAGAUACACCUGUCACAGGGAGAGGUAAUUCAGGUAGAAGCCGGGGUCGCCCUAAAGGUUCAGGCAGUGGAUCCAAAGGCACAGGGAAAGGCCGGAGCCGGAAGUCAACAGCAGGAAGUGCUGCUGCAAUGGCAGGCGCCAAAGCAGGGGCAGCGGCGGCCUCUGCAGCAGCAUAUGCAGCAUACGGGUACAGUGUGUCUAAAGGUAUGUCUGCAAGCAGCCCUCUCCAGACAUCAAUAAUUCGGCCUUCUGGACUUGCAGACUUUGGACCUUCAAGCGCCUCUUCUCCUUUGAGUUCCCCCUUGAGCAAAGGCAACAGUGUUUGUGGGACCCCAAAAAGCUUAAAUGUGACGAGCACUAUGAUACCAGAAACCCCAGUUCGGAAACAAAGCAAAGGAGCCCACACCUCAGGUGGGCGGUAGUAAAUUUGAGCCCUGGAGCUUACCUUAACCGUAUUGGCUUUCAAAGUAGCCCACCCUGCCAGCAGAAGGCAUGCAGAGAAAUGCCUGUUGCCAUCCCACACGUAUGUGAAAAGAAAAUCACAGCACAAUGGGGAUGGGUGGUUUACGUGAGCACUUUGAUUACAUGUAUCCAAAAAAAUUACUUUUGCAGAUUCUGUGAGGAGUAUGGAUAAGGAGUGGGGUUAACUGAGAACGUUUCAGAUUAGUUUUUCAAUUAAGAUUUACUGACACAUCCUACAAGCGUGCUGUUAGAGAGAUCCUGCAGCGAUUUGUGUUUGUGGACACACCAGUGUACUGUCCUUCCUCUUCUUUCAGCUUCAGAUGGAGUUCAGCUCCAUUCUUAUUCUAAGAAAUCACUAUCUGAACUCGGAGGGUAUUCUGUGAAGUCAGAGAAACCCUCUGCACUGAGGACCUGACAGUGCAUUUGAGGGUGUGCCCAUCCAGGGGUGCUGCGUGGUUGAAUAGUCUGGCUUCUCUAGUGUGAAUCGGUAGUGAAUCUAGGGAUUCUAUGAAGGAUUAUCUGAAGACCUUGAUUUCAAGGCUACGGGAAAGAAAUCUCACACAGUUUCCAGAGUCUGGACUCUUGUCAGUGCUAUGCUUUUGAAUCUGUUGUAAACAUCUGGCAGUAGCUGGAACCACAGUUGGCCAGAGUAUGCCUAUUUAAUGUUGCUGUGUCUGCUUCACAGAGAAAAAGAAGCUGCAAGUAACUGGUUUACAUUUCAAAGCCCAGGUCUGUUAGCAUUGAGCAUUCGCUAUGAUCUCUCUCAUUCUGAGCUAUGCUGAGCUCUUAAAGGUGUAGGAACCAUCAGGCUUUGCUUGUGUAUGUUUCAAGAAGAGGGAAUGCUGAUGUGUAGGGGGGAGAAGUUCACUGCUAUUCCUCUCAUUGUGCAAUAGCAGAACUUGUUGACAUUGCCUUUGGGUACCGCAGCUUGCCAUGCCACAAAGGGAGCAAUGGGGAGCUUUACUGAAACAAGGAGUGUGCCAGUCAACUCCCUGGGAAAAAUGAAGUCCCCCAUUCCAAGCCACCUACACAGUAUGUUCUUCCAACAUGUUUCCCAUUUGUCAGUGAUGGUCUUACACAGCAGCUUGGCUGAGUGCAUUACAAUGUGCAGGCACUGGUAGCCAAGCCCCAUAAGACUUCUAGAAGCCAUUAAAGAGAACAGGAGUGCUGUCAGUGUCACUCUGUGUCCUCAUUCUCUCAGAUUUCUCUUUCCCCAUCCUAAAUGCACAAACCUCUCUAUAGCCCCUCACUUGGCUGUAAGUGUUGUCUGCAUUGCACUGAGACAAAGGUUGGGUGGGGGAGGAGCAGUUCUCCUGGCAGGCUCAUUGAAAUCAAAAGGUUAUACUACUGGGGCACUUUCAUCCCGGGGGGGGGGGAACAAGUUAUGAGUUACAGGUCUCUGCUGUGACAGCAGAUGAUGAUUUUUUUUUCAUCACCAAACCCCUUGCCUGGCAUCUCGCAGUGUGAAGCAAGUGCUUCUUGUGGGCUCUGCCUCAAAUUUGCACACCUGAAAAUAGCGGAACUGAGUUUAGUUAGAUUGAUUUUUAAACAGAUUUGUAGGGGAUAAUUGGGGGGAGGUGUCACUUAAAUUAAAUCAUGAAGACUUCCCCCUUCCCCUCAUAUUCACAUGUAUAUAAUGAUAUUUAGAGGGAAUCAGAAAAAUGCCAAGCCUUUUUUCUCUUUGAAUGUGCUGUCUAUUUUUAUAACUGAACUUGUAUAUAUGUAUAAAAAGAGACACAUCUUUCUUUUACUAAUUGGAGAAGAAAAUCUUAAAUAAAUGCAGUGAGAUAAUUUUAUGUAAA